AUGGUGUCCUGGGAUUGCGUUGACCCGCAAGGGCCCCAUGAUGAACUCCUGGUUAAAUAUCAGUACAUAUCAGACUUCUUAAUUGCCGUUGCGUAUUUCUCCAUACCCCUGGAGCUUAUAUAUUUUGUUCAAAAAUCUGCAUUCUUCCCAUAUAAAUGGGUGCUUAUGCAGUUCGGUGCUUUUAUUGUUCUCUGUGGAGCUACCCACUUCAUAAACUUGUGGACCUUCUCUUUCCACUCUAAAGCUGUUGCUAUGGUGAUGGCAGUUGCAAAGAUUGCUUGUGCUAUUGUAUCAUGUGCAACUGCAUUAAUGCUAGUUCACAUUAUUCCUGAUCUGUUGAGUGUCAAAACUCGGGAACUACUUCUGAAAAACAAGGCUGAUGAGCUUGACCGGGAGAUGGGGCUUAUUCUUACACAAGAAGAAACUGGAAGGCAUGUUAGGAUGUUGACUCACGAAAUCAGAAACACGCUCGACAGACAUACUAUAUUGAGAACCACACUUAUUGAGUUGGGUAGGACUUUAGGCCUGGAGGAAUGUGCAUUGUGGAUGCCAUCACGAACUGGCAUGAAUCUGGAACUUUCUCAUACUCUAAACUACCAAAUGCAAGUUGGAUCUACUGUUCCACUAAACCUACCCAUAGUCAAUGAAGUUUUCAAUAGUGCUCGAGCAGUGCGUAUACCAUACACAUGCCCACUGGCUAGGAUCAGACAUCUUGUGGGAAGAUAUGUGCCACCUGAGGUUGUUGCUGUGCGAGUACCUCUUUUACAUCUCUCAAAUUUCCAGAUUAAUGAUUGGCCUGAUCUCUCUGCUAAAAGCUACGCAAUCAUGGUUUUGAUUUUUCCUACAGAUGGUGCUAGAAAAUGGCGAGACCAUGAAUUGGAACUUAUUGAUGUUGUCGCAGACCAGGUAGCUGUUGCUCUUUCACAUGCUGCUAUUCUGGAAGAGUCUAUGCGGGCCCGUGAUCAGCUCAUGGAGCAAAAUGUUGCUUUAGAUUUAGCUCGACGUGAGGCAGAGAAGGCUAUCCACGCUCGCAAUGAUUUCUUUGCUGUCAUGAACCAUGAAAUGAGAACACCAAUGCACGCAAUUAUUGCAUUGUCUUCACUUCUUUUAGAGACUGAGCUAACUCCAGAACGAAGGGUUAUGAUAGAGACAAUACUGAAGAGUAGCAACCUUUUGGCAACACUUAUUAAUGAUGUUCUAGAUCUUUCUAGACUUGAAGAUGGGAGCCUAGAAUUAGAAAUUGGAAAAUUCAACCUCCAUGGGAUUUUCCGAGAGGUCACAAAUUUGAUAAAGCCUGUCGCAUGUGUGAAGAAGCUAUCCAUGACUUUGCUUCUGGCCCCAGAUCUACCUGCAUGUGUUGUAGGUGAUGAGAAACGGCUUAUGCAAACAAUUUUAAAUGUUGCAGGUAACGCUGUGAAGUUCACGAAGGAGGGAUAUGUUUCAAUUAUAGCAUCUGUUGCAAAACCAGAGUCUUUAAGAGAUUGGCGAUACCCUGAAUUUUAUCCAGUGCCAAAUGAUGGCCACUUCUUCCUUCUAGUACAGGUUAAGGAUUCUGGCUGUGGCAUUCUCCCACAGGAUCUUCCACAUCUUUUUACCAAAUUUUCUGAGUCUCGAAGUGGAAUCAGUCGAAAGAAUGGUGGCACAGGACUUGGACUUGCCAUUUGUAAACGCUUUGUACACCUCAUGGGAGGCGUCAUUUGGAUUGAGAGCGAGGGCCUUGAUAAAGGGAGCACUGCCUCAUUCAUUGUCAAACUUGGUGUUUGUGACAACCCAAAUGAUUCAUCCGUGCACCCGGUUGCACCCCGAGGUCGUGCUCACAACGGCAGCGGAGAUCUCCCCGGACACAAACUUGUAUUUAGAGAUAUUGAUGAUGUAGCUUCAUCAAGUUCCCGUUACCAAAGAAGUCUUUAG